AUGUACGCCUGGGCCGUCUGUGGACAUGCUGCUUGGGCUGGGGCUCUGACUUGCCCAGCCGCAGCACCGGCCGUGGCUGUCCAAUGGCCUGAUCUUGCACUUCGCUCUACGGCGUGGUGCAUGUCCUCGGUGAUGGGGCUCAUUGAUGCCCAGACCGAGCGCAAGGGCUUCUUUGUGCUGACCUUCGGGGCUAAGAUCGCGUACUGCGCGGCCUUCGUGUUCAUCCGAGCGGACGAGUACCACAAGACCCUGACCGACGUGCUGCGCAAGGUGAGCGUCUCCAACGUCGGCAUGAUCUCCAUCCUGCGCGGAAGCUUCGACAUCAUCCUCCCGUGCGUGCUGGAUGGGGCCGGGCGCUGCAAGCUGCCGCCCCAGAUCUCCGGGGACAUGGAGAAGUUGGAGAAGAUCUUGGGCUGCCACGUGGCGGGCGCCAACCUGAAGGACCUGCUGGCCGGAGAGGAGGACCGGGCCGAUUUCUCGGCCUACGUCCGCAACGUGGUGCGCCAGGCCGACAGCCCCCAAGCCUUCAGCGAGGCGACGCUGACCACCGGCGGCGUGUGGUCCUGCGGUGCGUCCAUGCCGCCCAUCGCGCAGGUCUUGCACAGCAAGAUGAAGGCCAAGGGCCCGCAGAUGAAUGCGACGCUGCACCUGUCCGUUGUGCCGCGCUCGGCCGUGAGCAUGGGAAAGGAGCGGCACCUGGUGGCGGCCAUCCAGUUCUCGGCGACGGUGCCGGAGGACAAGGAGGCGGAUCUGGGGACAGGCUUUGAGAGCUUCAAGCACGAUGAUGCCUACGCCUCCACGGGCGGCUCCACACAUCCCCCCACGGACUCCGGGUCUUCCGGCAUCGUGGCGAACCUGGCGGACCUCAACAAGCUCGGGGCGUCUGCUCUUCUGCACGGCUCGGUGGAGGCAAGCGACACGGGCUCCAUGUACUGGGGACCCUCCAUGGUCUCAGACGAGACCAUGUCGCACCUGGGGGCCUUCAUGGAAAAGCGCCUUGGAAAGGCCGGUGGCCUUCGAUGCUCGCAUCGUGGGAGCUUUGGGAGGGCACCACAAAGCAAGGCCCUGGGCGCGUUACAGCCAGCGCAUCGAGUUCCAGAAACGACUGCAACCAGCGAGCAUCACCGCAUGGGGCAGACCCUGGAGGGCCGCUUCCGCAUGAACUGCUCCACGGAGCCCUACCAAUUGGACAUCGAGGUGCUGCCCAAGGGCAGCAGCUGCCCGCCCCCUGCGAUCCCGUACAUCUUCAAGUUCCAGGACGGCCGUCUGCACCUCUGCGGCCCUGCGGACGGGCGCAUGCACCGGCCCAGCAACUUCGACGGCCCGGGCCUUUGCGUCAUGGACCGCGCGGGCGGAUUGACCACCAUGCCGACCAUGCCCAAGUCCGAUCGCCGCGAUCGCCUGGAGACCCGCAGCGUGCGCAGCGCCGGCGUCUUCGAGCCGGACCCCGAGUUCAGCCGCAACUCCACCGAGGACGGACCCAUGAUGCCAUGUCAGGAGCCACCCCAGAAGCCUGCCCAGAUCGCCCAGAUUGCCGAGAAGCCUGCCCAGAAGCUGAGUGGAGUGGUGAAGUGGGUGGAGGAGAAGCUCGGAUCGCCACGUCGCUUUGGAGAAGCCAUGCAGUGGGCGGCGUCAGCCGCCCUGUCCCUGACCAGCGUGAAUCCUAGCCAUGCGCAAGGCAUCGUUGAAGGCCUCAGUAGCACCGUCAGUGCCUCCUGCCAGUUUCAAGCUCCCUUCCAGCAGGCCAAACAUGUUUCCCAGAGCCGGUCCGCAGGUGCGCUGCUGCUGCUUGCGAGUGACAUCAAGCUUCCAUUGUGGAUCUUUGCCACGUUGCUGACGUGGGCCGUGUGCUGGUUUGCUGUCGCGCCGGUGUACUGCCAGGAUGAGCCGACCUGCGCCAAACAAUUGAAGACCUACCCGCGCUACUACCACCUUGUGUCUACCGCCGCUUUGAUUGCAAUGUGUGGGCAUGAGGUCAUGGGCUUGAUCGCCACCUACAUGGGAGCGCAGCAAACGCAAGCCUUGAUCCCGCACUUGAAGAGCCGGUGCCUGCCCAGUUUCCUGCUGGCACUGAUGUUCGGAGUGCUGGCCACGGCUGAGCGGGGCUUCUCGCGAUCUGAGUGGACCGUUGCGCAUGUGAUGCCCAGCGCCGUCGCCAGUAUACAAUUAUGCAGUACACGGAGGGGCAUCAACGUGCCCAUUCUUUCAUCUUGUCAAGCACAGCCUUGGCCGGCCCAUCUCCUCGAGAUCUCUCGCCCGCUGGUGGUGACCAACAUUUACGUGAUCUUUUGCUGGGCGGCCACUGCCACGGACUCAGGGCUCCUGGAAGUGGCUGCUGAUCGCGGUGUCAUUCGCCAUGUACGCCUGGGCCUCUGUGGACAUGCUGGGUUGGGUCAAGCGAGUUCGAGCUAUGGCGCUCGGGACUUGCCCAGUCAGCAGCAUCCGUACAUGUCCUCGGUGAUGGGGCUCAUUGAUGCCCAGACCGAGCUAAAGGGCUUCUUCGUGCUGACCUUCGGGGCUAAGAUCGCGUACUGCGCGGCCUUCGUGUUCAUCCGGAUGACGAGUACCACAAGACCUGACCGACGUGGCUGGCGCAAGGUGAGCGUCUCCAACGUCGGCAUGAUCUCCAUCCUAUCCUCCGGGGACAUGGAGAAGUUGGAGAAGAUCUUGGGCCGCCACGCCGUGGCGGCCGACAGCCCCCAAGCCUUCAGCGAGGCGACGCUGACCACCGGCGGCGGCAAGUGGUCCUGCGGUGCGUCCAUGCCGCCCAUUUCAGGUCACAGCCGUCAGAGCAUGGGAAAGGAGCGGCACCUGGUGGCGGCCAUCCAGUUCUCGGCGACGGUGCCGAGGGGAGCUUGGGAGGGCACCUUUUCAAGGGCCCUGGGCGCGUACAGCCAGCGCAUCGAGUUCCAGAACGACUGCAUCCAUGCGAGCAUCACCGUCAUGGCACACCUGGAGGGCCGCUUCCAGAUGAACUGCUCCACGGAGCCCUACCAAUUGGACAUCGAGGUGCUGACGGCCGCCUGCACCCUCUGCGGCCCUGCGGACGGGCGCAUGCACCGGCCCAGCAACUUCGACGGCCCGGCCUUUGCACCUCGCAGCGGCAGUGCAGCGCCGGCGUCGCGAGCCGGACCCGAGUUCAGCCGCAACUCCACCGAGGAGAAGCCAGCAGUGGCGGCGCCAGCCGCCCUGGCCCUCCUGACUAGCGUGAUCCUUGCCCUGCGCAAGUCCUCUGUGAGCACGGUGUACUGCCAGGAUGAGCCGACCUGCGCCAAACAAUUGAAGACCUACCCGCGCUACUACCACCUUGUCAUGGGCUUGAUCGCCACCUACAUGGGAGCGCAGCAAACGCAAGCCUUGAUCCCACACUUGAAGAGCCGGUGCCUGCCCAGUUUCCUGCUGGCACUGAUGUUCGGGACCGUUGCGCAUGUGAUGCCCAGCGCGGACGGCCUGACAGCCGCCGGCGUUGCCAGUAUACACCAUGGUAUGGAGUGGGGCAUCAACGUGCCCAUUCUUUUCAUCUUGUCGGGCUACUGCAGCCUUGGCCGGCCCAUCUCCUCAGGCUCCUGGAAGUGGCUGCUGAUCGCGGCUAAGAUCGCGUACUGCGCGGCCUUCGUGUUCAUCCAGCGACUAUACCACAAGACCCUGGACCGACGUGCUGUUGGCUGCCACGUGGCGGGCGCCAACCUGAAGGACCUGCUGGCCGGAGAGGAGGACCGGGCCGAUUUCUCGGCCUACGUCCGCAACGUGGUCUUGCACAGCAAGAUGAAGGCCAAGGGCCCGCAGAUGAAUGCGACGCUGCACCUGUCCGUGGUGCCGCGCUUCGGCCGUGAGCAUGGGAAAGGAGCGGCACCUGGUGGCGGCCAUCCGGUGCUCGGCGACGAUCAUGGUGCAUCCCCGGCCGGGACCCGGGUCUUCUCCGGCAUCGUGGCGAACCUGGCGGACCUCAACAAGCUCGGGGCGUCUGCUCUUCUGCACGGCUCGGUGGAGGCAAGCGACACGGGCUCCAUGUACUGGGGACCCUCCAUGGUCUCAGACGAGACCAUGUCGCACCUGGGGGCCUUCAUGGAAAAGGCGGCCCUGGGAACGGUGGCUCUCGAUGCUCAGACAGGGAGCUUGGGAGGCAACAAGCAAGGCCCUGGGCGCGUACAGCCACGCAUCGAGCUCCGUGGAACGACUGCAUCCAUGCGAGCAUCACCGGCCAUGGGGCAGACCCUGGUGCUGGCUGGUGGGCAGCAGCUGCCCGCCCCUGCGAUCCCGUACAUCUUCAAGUUCCAGGACGGCCGUCUGCACCUCUGCGGCCCUGCGGACGGGCGCAUGCACCGGCCCAGCAACUUCGACGGCCCGGGCCUUUGCGUCAUGGACCGCGCGGGCGGAUUGACCACCAUGCCGACCAUGCCCAAGUCCGAUCGCCGCGAUCGACUGGAGACCCGCAGCGUGCGCAGCGCCGGCGUCUUUGAGCCGGACCCCGAGUUCAGCCGCAACUCCACCGAGGACGGACCCAGUGGGGGACGGGCGACGUAUGGUGACGAAACGCCGGCUUGCGCCAGCUUGUGCCGAGUGAUGCCAUGUCAGGAGCCACCCCAGAAGCCUGCCCAGAUCGCCCAGAUUGCCGAGAAGCCUGCCCAGAAGCUGAGUGGAGUGGUGAAUUGGGUGGAGGAGAAGCUCGGAUCGCCACGUUGCUUUGUUUGGGACGGGGGCGGGGCUUGCUAUCGGCUUGCUGCUUUGAACUUGGCUGUUUUGAACUUGGCUUGUGGUGCGCAGGAGAAGCCAGCAGUGGCGGCGUCAGCCCUGGCCCUGACCAGCGUGAUCCUUGCCCUGCGCAAGUCCCUCUGGAGUGGCAAUGUUCCAUUUUUUCGCCUUCACCCCCGCCCGCAACGUUCGUAA